AAGUAAGGAAUUACUUUCAGUUUUUUUAAUAGAAGGCGGCAGAGUAGCCGCGAGGUUGGCAGGACGUGAACGAUGGCAUCACAGCGAGUGUUAUAAAUAACCUGGUGAUGGUGAGCUAACUUGGACACGACUAGCCACAAUAGUGCCAAAAUAGUGCCAUAACGGUGCCACAUUGGUGCCGCAAUAGUGCCUCAACCGUGCUACAAUUAUGCUAUAACAGUGCCUCAGUAGUGUCAAAAUAGGGCCAUUAUAGUGCAACAUUGGUGCCACUUGAUGCCAACAUAGUGCCACAUUGGUGUCGCAACAGAGCCAUAACAGUGCCAAAAUUGUGCCAUAACAGUGCCUCAAUAGUGUCAAAAUAGGGCCAUUAUAGUGCAACAUUGGUGCCACUUGAUGCCAACAUAGUGCCACAUUGGUGUCGCAACAGAGCCAUAACAGUGCCAGAAGUUGACAUUUGGCACCGACAACGCAAUGGCAUCGUUUUGUCGCAUUACUGGCCAUGCCCGUAAUUUGCCCAAGCCCCACUACUUCCCCCUCCUGCCCCCCAUUUCCCCAGCUGAUGCUAAAAAACUCUGCCGCAUCACCGGGAGGGUCACGGACCUACAUCACUAUUCCCCCAUCGUGGCUUUCGGUAAACCGAUAAAGUUCGAUGGGGUCAUCGGCUGCCGCAUCACGAUGUUCGAAAACUUCACCUUCGCCAGACCCAUUUUCAUCAAAACUAAAGAGAACGAGAAGGCAUUCGAUUAUCUUGAAGAAGUCAUGGUGCAGAUGAAGAACAAGAAGAAAAAAGGGGCAGACGCCGAUAAAAAAUUUGCGUACGAUGUGCAUGAACACAAGAUAACUAUUGUGGUUCCGCCCGAAAUGGAGGAGGCCAUCCGAUGUGGUGAAAUAGAAAACUUUUCAAUUAAUAAGGAUUGUAAGUUGGUGCAGAUCAAGAUCAGAUCUGGGAGGAUAAUUAAACUUAACCUGGAGGGGAUCCCCAAAGAGGAAAUCGAGGCUUCGGAGUCGAUCUUUUACGGUGAAGGCCAAAGCAAAGAAGUCCUAGCAGAGCAACAAAGCGUGAUAAACGAGAGAAACAAACGUAAACAAGACACCAUGGCCAGGAAGAAACUCUUCGAAGAGAAGGAAAAGAAGGAAGAAGAACUUGAGAGAAGAGACAUCGAACGACCGAAGUCCAAGAAACCGCUGGUGAUGUCACACAAAAAGCGAGCCGAGAAGAAGGAGAACAUGGAGAAGAUGUUAGAGGAACACAAGUCCAACAAGUCCAUCGUCUUACCGAAUUUUGAAGCUUACGGACCCGACGCUGAUCCAGACGAAAUCGUUCGUUACGAAAUGAUGUUAGAGGAAAUAGCAAAAGCCCAGAAGACGUCACACUCUCUAGUGGUUUGUUCGACUGGAUUCGACUGGAACGAAGAAAAAACAGCAGCCCAAGGAUUCGACUGGGAUAAUUUCCCCGCAGAAGUGGAAGACGUCAAGCCAAUUGAAGUAUCUUCCCCAGGGAUAAUGGGGGAUGAAAAGAUAAUGCUGGGGACACAGUUAAUCACGUUGAACAUCGUAGCGGCCGUUGAAACCUUAGAACCAGCAGCGGCUCCUUCGCCCGAAAUAUUGACCGCCAUUUCCGAACUCAAGAAGGAUAAGAGGAUCACCAAGACCGAAAAAGUUGCAGAAACCAUCAAAGAGUUUGACUGCAUUGACGUGGUGGCGACAUUCGAUGAGAUUAGCAAAAUUUCAUCAAAAAUGAGCCGUGCUGAUAUCGGGUUCUUGGUCCAGAGAGACGGAGACACUCAGUUCAUCCCAAAGACCAAAUUCAAAGAAACUGACGCGGAAGGCCGGGCUUUAUCCGGAGCAAUGGUUGAAAUCGAUGAUAAUAAAGUCAAGAAGUUUGUGACCGGUCAAAUAAUUCACCUUGCUGAUGGUGAAUCCUUUGUGGCUGGCCAAACGAUGGUUAGCGACGACGGAAAAAGGUUCGUGCCUGGUCACACGGUGGUCGACCGUGAUGGCGAGAUCAAAUUUAUCCCUGGUCAGAGUGUGGUUGCGCAAGAUGGGUCAAGUACAUUCAUGGCAGGUCAAUUGGUGGACACCCCUACUGGUCCUAGGUUCGUGCCUGGUCAAAUGCUGGAUCGUGGCGAUGGAAAACCGGUGUUUAUUCCUGGGCAAACCAUCACCACAACCGAUGGACCCAAAUUUGUGCCCGGUGAGAUCGUCAAAGAUGAAGAAGGAUUUGAUUGUUUCGUUCCUGGUCUACCCAUGCCUACUGAAGUAGGUAAUACUUUCGUCCCUGGUCAGACAUUCCAGGAUGAAAUCGGAAACGUGAGUUUCACUCCUGGACAGAUAGUGGACACGGUAGAGGGACCUGUAUUCGUCCCUGGCAAAACUUUCAAAACUGACAAAGGAGAAAAGAAAUUCGUCAAGGGUGAGAUCAUCAGAGAUAAAGACGGCAGCAUCAAGUUCGUGCAGAAAGAGAUGAAUAUUCCAGCGAUUCGAGAAGAAUUGGUUAUUCCUUCAGAAGAACUGAUCCCUAUUGCUAUUGCGGGGAAGAAUGUGACAGGAUUUGCCGUGAACCCCACCAAUACCUUGAACAUCGAGAAGGGCGAGAAACUGAUUGGUGACAUGGUUGAGACUGCGAACGCUGUGCAGUUCUACCUGACCGGUAAAAUGCCCGAUAAAAUGAUCGCAGAAGCUCUGAAAAUAAUUUCUGGAAAACUUGAAGUCGGCGAAGAUGAACAAAGAUUCAUUCCAGGUCGUGUCAUCACCACCGCCGAGGGUGAGAAGUUCGUCCCUGGUCAACUUGUGAUGACGAGUCAUGGGGAAGAUUUCGUUCCUGGACAAAUUGUGGAAACGAAAGACGGUCCGAAGUUCGUACCUGGACAAAUGGUAAUGACGUCCGAGGGUGAGAAGUUCGUACCUGGACAAGUGAUUAUCGAAAAAUCUGGACCCCGGUUUGUCCCUGGACAAAUUAUUCAAACUAAGAGUGGGGCAACUUUCAUUCCUGGACAAAUGAUGAACACCAACGAGGGACAGAAGUUCGUCCCCGGACAACUUGUUGAAUCUGUUGAUGGUCCUCGGUUCGUUCCUGGACAGGUAAUAGAGACUGCGGAAGGCCCGAAGUUCGUCCCAGGAACGGUAAUUGAAACAGAAGAUGGAUUGAAAUAUGUCCCUCACGAGGCCGAAGAAACUGGAGAUGAAGAUAUCGCCAUUGCCUUCCAAGGCUUCGAAGUAACUCCUGAAGAAAUGCAUCUUUUGACGGUUAACCCAACAGAUGCUCGAGCCCAUUCCCCUAUUACCAACGACCAAUGUCUGAUCGAUACAAGGACUUUGAAGCGACUUGCUUCGGAUACGAUGGAAAUACACGGAAAAACUCCAGAGCCACAACCGGAGAAGAAGAAAAUGAAGAAAGCCAAGAAACGCGUCGCCAUUGAAGCUCCUGAUGAUGAAGAGGUGGAGGUGGAAGAAGAGGUAGUAGAAAUCGAUGAAGGAACUGAUAAACUCGAGAUCCUGAAAAUGCUGUUCAAUGCUGCAAAUACGGUCAGCAACGUUAAGAAAUCUAGGGAAAUGAAAAAGGUCAAAGCCCUUUUGGGUGAUGACGCCUCUUUGGUGUUUCCUGUAGAAACUUCUGCCGUGGCCAAAAUUUUGUCGUCCGCUUCUGACAAAGAUUCAGACAUCAUUCCUAUAUUUUUGGGUCCCAACGAAGAGCUCGUUCAUGAAGUCAUGUCCCAAAUAUCGUCACUUGAUGAUGUUACAUGCAACGACCAAGUAAAAAAGAUGAUCGGAAGUACGUUGAAGUCCGUGGUCACCAACAAGUGUAAUCAGGAGAUCUCCAAGAUGAUCGGGAGGCUGAAGGACGAUCCAUCUUGUCUCAUGACCGAUGCAAAGAUACAGAUUCUCCUCACGGAAGCCGUUGGCAUUGUAUGCGUUUUGGGCGACGUCGAGGUGGCGUCUCUUUUGGAGAAAUUUAUUUCUGAACCAUCGGACCCGAGUGUUCUAACUGACGAUCCCGAGGUUAUGAACGUCCUCCGACAACUUCUUGUUCUACACGAAGCUGCUGAGAGGGAUGAUGACAUAGCCAAGUUACUGCAAAUUCUUCGAACGAAUCCUGAAGGGUUGAAGUCGAAGAAGCAAAUCCGUGCGGUGUUGAAGAAGGCCAAUAAGCUUCUGGUUGAACCCUCUGAGUAUUCCAAGAAGGGCAAGAAGUUUGAUGUCCGCCAUGUUGCUUCUUCAAGGGACAUUCCAGAAGAAGUAUUCCAGCAACUCAAAGCGGACAAAGAAGAAGCCGACAAAUUCCUGGAAAACCUACCAGAUGAACUCUUCCACGCCAUCAUGGGCGACGAACGUGCCGGAAACCAAGUUCUGGAAGGUUUGGACCAGACAAGCCAGAAAGCCAAAGCGGACAUCGCUAGGUUCCGACAGGGUAUGGCGGUGGUGGUAACACAAAGCAGUGUCCAGGCGGUCAUACCUCGGAGGUAUGCCAGGUCUGUGUAUUAUGGUAUCAUGCCAUACCUCCUCAUCGAUGAACAAGGGUUCAAGUUCUUCGAGAGGGGCUUAACGGGGCGUAAGUUGGCGCCAAGCAAAAUCAUCGAGAACACUUGGUUCAAGGAUGACGACUACUACAAGAAGCAGAUUCUCUACACUAAGUCGGGCGAGAAGUGCAGCGUUAACCUGAUGGGGCGCUCCACUCCUUCGUUGUACUACACCUGCCUUCUACCGACGUCGGAGCCAAAACUGGUCACCCGCGACGCGCUCCUUCAGGAAAGAAGAGGGUCUCGCUCACGUCGCCCGUCAGGGGAGUCCUCCCGUAGGUCAUCGGUAUCCAGUAUCCACGGGGACUAUAGUUACGGAGGUCCGUAUAAUCCAAUGGCAAUGGCUCCGUAUGAGCCUUCUUCUUUGAUGUCCAUUGACCCAUCAACAUACGUGCCGAACAUCCCUACGUACACACCAACAUACGUUCCGGAUCCGGUUUUCGCCUCCGAACCAACCUAUGUGCCUGAAGGUGCUUACUCGAAUGGGUACUCGGACCCCUCGAUGUAUGGGGCGGUUAUCCCUUACCCAAGUCCAGACUUGGAACCUGUUCCUUCCGUAAAGCGAUCUGACACGGUUGGUCGUCUCCUGGACAAGUAUUGUAACUUUUCAACUGAAAGAGAGUUCUACCAUCCCCCGACUGCUGCUUAUUCGAAGUACACUAGGAAAUCAGGGUUGGGUCCUGACUCCACGGACGAUGAAACUCUCAGUGAGCAUCAGCAACAAAGCUACACUAAACCUCCUCGGUCACACAAAAGUAGCAAGGAUCGUGGGACUAACGAUACUGACUACCAUUCACGAUUCUCAAAUAUCUAUGAAGAAGAUGAAGAUGCCGCUUAUUCGCCACCAACUAAGCACGCUGGACCAAAGAGUCCCUACAGGUUUGCGGUUGGAGAUCAGGGUAGUUCUGAAAGAGAUCUUCUUAACCAAUCUGCUGACUCCGAAGGCAGAAAUUCAAGGUAUAAGGGGUCUCCAACUUCAAGAGUUAUCGCCGCAGAGCCCUUCGAAUCCAGAGCCACGAAUGUGAUUUCCAACGUGGUGGCUGAUCCGUUUGCCCUCAACGCUGGGUACUUCAAUCUUGGUCGUUUCGAUGACCCCAUUGCCGAAAGAUAUUCAAGGAAUGUUUGUGCUUACUCCCUACCUGAAGAUUUGGAUGCCAAGUACGGGAGGUCAAGGUAUGGUUACCAGAAUCCAAACAUCGGGGAUCCUGUGCUAGGGGAUCCGUAUGGAAUGAUGGGAGCUUCGGAUCAAUUCACGCCGAAUUAUACAAGUCGAUAUUCUCGUUACCAUUCUUUUGAACCCGGUUGCCAGAGGGGAAUGCACCCACCGGUGCAAGUGAACGGAGACCAGAGGGAGAAUCAGAUGCCGUAUGAAAUUCCAGAUGAGCAACCACGUUUUGGCAAGAAGAAAAUGGGUUAUGAAAGUCCAAGUGCCUCUCGAAAGUUCAAUGGGGCGUAUGAAGAACUUGACGAGAAACCAGAUCUAGGCAAUCGAAUAAGCAGGUUUCUGAAACCUAAGAACGACGGGGAUGGUCGACGAGUGACAUCUAGGUAUGGAGGUGGUAAAACUUCUAGGUUUUCUUCUGAAAAUGAUGAUGUACGCCCCAGUUAUACAGAGAGGACGCGAUAUGGUAGAUUCCAACCAGACCCUGACGAAGUACCACCAAAUACUUCUCGAUACUCUCGUACUCCUCAAAGAACCUACGGGGCUGGAGGUAGCGGUAGAACUAUGACUACUCCUGGACUUUCAUCAUACUUGAAUGAUGAUCAUUUAGGUGGAUCACCGAGUAGGUACCGUAAUACUCGCGCCAGCGCUGUUCGGGACACGAUGUCCCCUUUGGAUGAUGAAUCCCCUUACGUAGGAAGAGGAAGCAGGUAUGGUCUACCUAGCCAAGCUCAAGACUCGAGAGGGAAAAGUUCCGCCAGAGAUGACGGACCAAGUUUCGGCGAAUCUCUUCGGAAGAAGUACGGCAUAUCCCCCGAUCCAGAUGAAGAGGGAUCAGGUAGUUAUAACCCGAGAAGUUCCGUCUUGCGUUCUGCACCGACUUCGACAUCGUACUCCGAAUUAGUACCAGACGAAGAUAGGCCAUGGCGUCGUCAUACUUCAGUGACGAGAAGGAAGCCCUUCAUCCUACCAACCUAUGACGAUGACGACGAUGACAACGACGACACGUCAUACAACCCAAAACAGACCGAGCGGCAACUUGCGUCUAGGAUCGCUAAACAAUAUUUAGGAAAUGGUGUUAAAAACGACGAUGAUGAUGGAGACGAAUAGGAUAAUUUAGUUAUGAGAAGUUUUCAUUUUUUUUGAGUUUCAUAGAAAAUAUUCCUUAGUCUUCCAUUAGAUACUUGUCAACCCCGAGGCUGUCGUUAAUUUUAAUUUUGCUUCGAAUUAAUAGCAACUUAUUAAUUU